CGACCGCGGAAGCAAUCGUAUUUCGCUAUCGAAAAUCCUAGACCUGAUCCUUCUGAUCGCCGAUUAGGUGUCAAAAAAUUCAAACGUAAACCUUCGGAACGCACUUCACAUUCGGAAAUCCCAGAUUCAACAAUCCUUCGAAAUGCGUUUGGGAGGAGGACUUGGGAAACAUAAUUCUUGAAAACACAUGUAGAGGCUGAGAAUUCCAAGUGUAAAUCAAAAAACGAAAGUGGAAUGCGAAAGGAAGAGGAAUAUUACAAAAUGUGUAAAAUCGUUUAAAGAUGAAACAAAAAUUUUGGGAAGCUUUCCGUGUACACAUGUGUUGAAUAUAGAAGUAUGAUGUAACAUGUGUCGGUUACACGCCUGCGCUUUUGCAAGUAAGCUACACUGGCGAAGCUGCCUUCUAACGUCUCACCCCGUAAUUCCGCGAGUGGUGGUACGCAUCGUUUACGAGCGUAGCGAUGAAGGUAGUGGUGACGUUGGUUCUACCGCUAAUCAUUCCUCACGGGCUAUAUACGUGUUUUUUCGGUCAGUUGGUCAAUCUUCAAAACGCAGUGACGUUGAAUCUUUGCCAUCCGUAUACGUGCAAUUUACUAUGCUUGUGAAACAGAAUGCGAAAGAACAAAACAAACGAUUUUCCGAGUUACGAAAAUUCCAGCCACUCUCGAUGCGAAAUUAUCAUCGAAAUCAAGUUCCAGUGUAGUGACUCGAAUAACAUUUCGUUUUGAUAUGCAAAAACCAACAGUAUGUCCAUCGAGAAAGAAAGAACAAGGAAAUUCUUUGAAAGCGCGCAUGGUAUGAAACUGAGUGCAGGAUUUUAUGUUUUGUUACUUGGGCUUGUAACAACGGUUACUUUUUGCACGGCGAAACAAAUAGAUUCCGACGGAUUUCAUAGAGGUUGUAAACUUGAAGGAUUACAUCCGUUUUUAAUCGUGACCUACAAGAAUAUUACAAUAUCUGUAGACAAGAUCACUGUACCACACGGGGAACGGGUGACGGUAAGAUGCAGAGAACUUGGCAAAUACAAGCUCGUCGGUGAUCCUCUGUUGCAUUGUCGUAAUGCAAGUUGGAGCGGGAAACUACCCUCUUGUACUCCAACGACAGCGAUUUCAAAUUAUACCGGUGUGACAAUCAUUGGAAAUAUCUACGUCUUAAAACGAAACGAAAUCCUGUUCCAUUUAAUAUUUCUCCUCUCGUUGAUUGUUCGAGGAGAAACAGAGGAUGUACCGCCAACGAUCGUAUUUGGAUUACCGGCCGGUUCAGCUGCUGUCGAACCAUCUGGUGCUCUCGCCGUUUAUCCUGGAAGCAUUCUUCACCUGGAAUGCCUAUUCGCUAGAAAACUUGGUAAUCCCGAAUGGACUUGGACCUCGACAUUUCGUCAAUACUUGACCGGAUGGGCGAUUGCUGCUCGUGAAAGAGACUGGAAGUAUCGAUUAUCGAUAUAUUAUGCGAAAACGCAAGAUUCAGGAGUUUACACGUGCUCUACACCUCGUGGAUUAUCUAACUCCAUACGUGUCCACGUUGUGGAUGUUCAGUGUCCCGUUUUGAACCUACCCAAACCACCGUUAAUCGGUAAGAUCGAAGGUGCGCGUAUGGGUCACGGAGCAACGUUCGAAUGUCCAAUUGGAUUUAAACUAGAAGGCGCAGCUGUUAUAACGUGUCAAUACAACGGUAAAUGGUCAGCCGAAAUUCCGCGAUGCGAAACAAUCGUAUGCCCACCUAUAGAUAAAUUCGAUGAUACAAGGUUGCAACUUCUCGAAUACAACAAUACGUUUGGUCGUAGAGCGGUAUUUGCCUGCAUGUGGGGUCAUAGAUUAUUAGGAUCGCAGACCAUAGAGUGCCAAGGUGACGGUUCGUGGAGCGGAAGUACGCCUAGUUGCGAGGAAAUAAUCUGCCCAACUCCGUCGAUACCGAAGAGUGGCCGUAUUAUCGAACAAACAAAUCGUCAUAAUUCAGGAAGAAAACAACACCAAACGCGUAUGUACAAAGUUGGUGCACUUGUCAGGUUUGCUUGCGUGCCUGGUCAUCAAUUGUUAGGCGAGGCCUCGGUAAUAUGUACAGAGAACGGAACAUGGUCUCAUCCGCCACCAGUUUGUAAAGUGAGAUGUCCUUACCCAGGCGAUCCGCCUCACGGACGAAUCGCACCUCUUAAAUUUUGGUACAAACCAGGUGAUAAUAUACAGGUAACUUGUUCACCGGGAUACGUUACACCAUUGGAACCCGUAAGGAAGCCAACUUGUCGAGAAAAUGGAAUAUGGAGUGCUCCCCCACCACCUUGUAGGUCAUAUAAAGAUGUUUAAAGAGAAAAUGAAUUCUUUAAAAAUCUCACCAAUGAUAACCAGUGUCGUACCAAUGUGUUGUAAGGCGCGACAAAGACGCAAAUGCAUGUCACCACAUCGCCCAAUUGCCAAUUGCGUACCACUCGAUUAAUAAAUUAUGCGGCAAUCUAAACGAUUCCAUUGAAAACAUAUACGAUCUAGAGCACAAAAUAGACCGUGUUUGAUCGUAGAAUAAACGAUACAUAUCAACGAAGCUACACGAUCGAAUUUGUAUGCAUUCGAAACGAUUAAUCGCCUAACUAGUCGUUUUCUUGCAAUCUCAUAUCGUGAGCGUUGACAUUAUAUCGCUGUUCGAGAUAUGUAUGUAUAAUACUUCGUGCAUAACAAUUUCGACAACGAUACAUAAACUUACCGUUAGACUCCAGCUCAACGUGGUUAGCUACGUUGUACGUGAAUGCUUAAAUGCAGAUCCGUAAUAAUAUCAGACAUUUUUUUACUAACAGAAUAUUAUUAUAAUAUAUUCCGGAAAACUAAAGAAACAAGAGGAACAACGAUAUUUAAAAACAAGAAUGACAAAAAGAGACUUUAGAAUAGGAAAUAGAAUGAGGAGACGACAAAGAUGAUAAAGGAGGAAAAGAGAGAAAAAUAGAAGAAUGGAGGAAAAAGGAGAGAGAGAGAGAAAGAGAGAGAAUGUAUGUGAUAAUACGUGUGCAAUAAAUGAAUGCGAUAUAGAUUACACGAUGCCUAAUUCUAACCCUUAGAAGAUUAUAGAAUCUCACAUUUUCCCCUUGUAUGUGAUACGUCUUUGUAUGUAAAAUAAAAUUACGUUAUUCUCUAA